AUGUCUUGUCCCCUCUCCCCCAAUGGACGAACACAGGAGUCAGCUGGCCUACGGGCUGGAGCGGGGGCCCGCCGGCUGCAGGGAGUGGGGAUGAGUUUCCCAGGGCUCUGCCGACGGGGAGCGCUGCCUGCCUGCACGGGGAGACUGCAGGCGGCGGUUGGAGAGCAGCACUGGGUCAGGCAGGCGCUAAGGAGACUGCAAGUGCUACGAUGUCAAACAGCAAUCCACCGACAGCUUGUGCUGCUGGUGAUGGAUGCCGGACCGCACCGCGCCGGGCGGCAGUGGAAGUUCGCCGGCUCCUUCUACUUCGCCAUCACGGUCAUCACCACCAUCGGCUAUGGACACGCCGCCCCGGGCACGGACGCCGGCAAAGUUUUCUGUAUGUUCUACGCCAUUCUGGGCAUCCCCCUGACGCUGGUCAUGUUCCAGAGCCUGGGGGAACGCAUGAACACUGUCGUGCGGCUACUGCUCAAGAAGAUCAAGAAGUGUCUGGGCAUGAGGACAACCAACGUCUCCAUGGAGAACAUGGUCCUCGUCGGCUUUCUGUCCUGCAUGGGCACCCUGUGCAUCGGCGCAGCAGCCUUCUCUUACUUCGAGGGCUGGACCUUCUUUCAUGCCUAUUACUACUGCUUCAUCACCUUGACCACCAUUGGCUUUGGAGACUUUGUGGCUCUGCAGAAGAACGAGGCUUUGCAAAAGAAGCCCCCGUACGUGGCUUUUAGCUUCAUGUACAUCCUGGUGGGCCUGACCGUCAUCGGCGCCUUCCUCAACCUGGUGGUGCUGCGGUUCCUGACGAUGAACUCGGAGGACGAGCGGCGGGACGCCGAAGAGCGAGCCUCGCUGAGGAGAGCCCAGAACAACAUCCACCUCAAGCCGAAAGAGGACAGCCAGAGCAGCAAUGCCAUUUUUCUCCCCGCGGAGGACAGGACGAGCCAGAUGAACCUCAUCCCGCUCAUGCAGGAGGAUGCGGAGAGGCAGCGGCGCCAGUCAGCCAACUCGGCGGCCGCGGUCCCCUCCUUCUGCACGUGCCUGUGCUACAGACCUCAGCUGUGCGGCAGCCCGGUGCCCUCCCACCCCGAGACCCUGAGCUGCCACACCAACCCCGUGUAUUACAACUCCAUUUCCUACAAAAUCGACGAGGUCUCCCUGAGCACGCGGGGACAGACCGGCUCUUCCCCGGGGAGCACUUUGUCAUCCAACAGCCCUCGCUGCCGGCAACGCCCCCGGCCGCGGAGGAAAUCCAUCUAG